AUGGCCUCGCCGGGAGUUUACUUCUCAACCUCGAAACUACGUCUGACGCUACCGAUCUCAAAGGAAUCGUACAUCAUCCUGCGCAACGAACCGAUCGUCAACCUACGGUUGCUGUCGACCAAUGGCUUCGAUUCGUACUCCUUCCGCUACAACAUCGAAAGCCCACCCGGCGGUGGCGACUACCUGAAGGUGGACGAAAGAACGGGCAGUUUGUGGAUUACAUCCAAGAUACUGUCGCUGGCGAACGUGACCGAGUUUAUCAUCGUUGCAAAGAACGGAACAAGCGCCGCCGCACGCCUAAGCCUCACCAUCGACCCGCAGCUGGUGGAAGAAGACUCGCUCGAUCGCUUCUGCGAGCAUCAUCCCGAUCGAGCGUGCUUCUGGGACGCGGUUCAGUAUCGGGUAGCCGAAAAUGGUCCACGGAACUGGACGAUCGGUACCCUUGGGCCAACGUUCUACCGGCGGCUCUGCCCUCAGCAUCGGCUCACCUAUGAUCUGUUGGCGGAGGAAGAUGGUGUCCACGAAGGGAAUGUUAAAAAUGUCACCAGAAGUUCGGACUACCUACUAGUGGACGCCAGCGAUGGAACUUUGCGAACGCGCGUACCUUACGAUCAUGAUAGCCACGCACCGGGACCGGCACUAUUGGCGGCCGUGAGGUGUACCGUGUGGCAGCUGGGUGACCCAAGCGGAUCAUCGGAGCAAUCGAUCAACCGGACGGUCAGGAUAAACGUGCUGGAUCGCAACGACAAUCUACCCCGCCACGAGACAUCGAACGGGACGUCCAGUGACGUACAGGUUUAUCUUGAUGACCCGCACGUGAAUGAGGGUGAUAUUCUGGGCCACUUCCGCGUCGUGUUCACCGAUGACGAUUCUAUACCGAUGAAUACACGCGUCCACUACCGAUUGCUGGGAGACGUGAUGGAACUGUUCCGUGCGGACUGUGCCAUGUACGAGAACGAGCAUGAUGCGGGCCUUAAGCAGACGGUGUUCGGUUGCAAGCUGCUAUUUGCGCGCUCCGGGAUCCUGCACAGGAGCCCCUACUGCGUGGCAUUGCAAGCGGUCGACCCCACGGUCGAGCGACCGAUGGAAGCCGGAUGGAUGCGCGACGGUACUCCGGCGCUCGAUCCGAUUGUGUCGAGCAACGUUUCCAUCUGCAUAAGCUCCAACCAACAUCGGAUUCACGAGUAUGAUCUUCCGCGACCCGAAGCGCUAACCAGUAACGGCGGAACUGCCGCACCGGCCGCCCCGAAGCAGCCACGGAAGAAAAGCAAAAAGGAUGUAGCCAGUCCGGCGAAGGUCGCGUAUCCCAAGGAGGCCGUAGUGUACGAUACGUCGCGCAAGUUUGCCCGUAUAGCGGAGCCGAAAAACUUCAAGCAGCUCGCCCAGGAAAAUGGUGCCGAUGCGACCUUCUUCCGGUUGACAAGCAAUCCGAUGGAUGCGUUCGGUAUUACGCGCAUCGCCGGAAUAGUUUAUCUUAAAAACGAGACCGCCUUCAGUCAUCAGAGUCUCGAAAGCCGCCACGAGAUAACGGUGGCGUGGAAGAACUACAGUGUGACUAUUUUGGUGCGGAUGCGCAAAAAUCCCGAUGGGCUGCACUGCGGCGGCGUACCGGCAGUGACCGGGGAUGACUUUUGUGCCGUCCACCCGAACCAGUCCAGCUGUCUGGGGUCGUGUGGAAUUGGCAGUUUGCUGGGCCCCUGCGAGUACCGCGUCCCGGAAGGGCCUCCCAGUUUUACCGGUUGGAACGAAGACUAUCCCACCUGCUCGUCCGGGUUGACACACUGCCCGGAUAGGUUUUGUGAUCCGCUCGAGGAGAUGGGUCAUCGCGAGAAGAUUCAAAUUUGCCCGCAAGACUGCGUGUUUCAUCAUCACAUUUUCGGUGUGCACGUUUCGAAUGGGGAGCGCGGAGUUCUGACGGCCACGGGACCUUGCACUUGCCGAUCCUCGGGACACUGCAGCUGUACGGACAAUCUGCGCAUUAACGCAUCGAUGAAGCGUAACAAAACCAUCAGCACAACGUCUAGUACGACAACGACGACAACCACGACUCCCGUGACCCCGAGUUUGGAGGGAAACGGCGGUGUUCUUGGGCGGGACGUUGAGCUGCUAACGCUUGCGAAUGGUGGUUCGAACGUGACGCGCGGAGGAGGAGAGCACAACAACGAGACAGGAAAUGUCCCUCCGGCGGCAGUUCGCGACGGUAGCUUCUACGAGCCGGGGCUCAUCAAGGGACCGCACGCUUCGGUGUACCUGCUGGCGAUCGUUCUCAUUCCUAUGGUGAUUGCGGUGAUGAUCGUAUCCUACUGCUUUAGCCGGAAGGUGGCGAUCAAGAACAAGCUGUUCGAGGGUGGCGAUGAAACCCGGUUGAACAGUAUCGGCAUGAACCUGGUCAGCAAUGACACGGAAAUAUUCAACGUCGAGCUACCGCUGACAUCGCGCAUGAAUGAGAUCAACUUUAAGAUCGAUUAUGACUCCAAGUGGGAGUUUCCACGAUCGCACCUGAUCCUCGAUGCAACGCUCGGUGAAGGUGAGUUCGGGAAGGUGCUGAAAGGCUUCGCCACGGAUCUACCGGAAAAACCUGGCAUUACUACGGUGGCGGUGAAGAUGCUCAAGACCGGUGCCAACUCAGUGGAGCUGCUUGCCUUGCUGUCCGAGUAUCAACUCCUUCAGGAGGUGAACCACCCGAACGUGAUCCGGUUGCUCGGAGCAUGCACGAAGGGUGACUCACCGCUGCUGAUCAUCGAGUACUGUCAGUACGGGUCGUUGAAAAACUAUCUUCGCCUAAGCCGCAAGCUGGAAGUGAUGAAUGCCGACUACGAAAAUUCGGUCGAACCGAUCACGGUGAAGGACAUUCUUUCGUUCGCCUGGCAAAUCAGCAAAGGUAUGGCGUACCUCACCGACAUCAAGCUGGUGCACCGCGAUCUGGCCGCUCGGAAUGUGUUGCUGGCCGAGGGUAAGGUGUGCAAGAUCUCGGACUUUGGCCUCACCCGGGACGUCUACGAGGACGACGCAUAUCUGAAGAAGAGCAAAGAUCGGGUGCCGGUCAAGUGGAUGGCACCGGAAUCGUUGGCCGACCAUAUCUACACCACCAAGAGUGACGUCUGGGCGUUCGGGGUGCUGUGCUGGGAGCUGAUCACGCUCGGGGCUUCACCGUACCCGGGCAUUCCACCGCAGAAUCUGUACAAUCUGCUAAAACAGGGCUACCGCAUGGAGUGUCCCAAGAAUUGUUCCGAAGAAAUAUACGCAAUAGUGCGAUCCUGCUGGGCCGAUGAUCCUAAGCAGCGUCCUAGUUUCAAGCAUUUGGCCGGGCAGUUCGAGCUGCUGCUGGGGCGCAGCGCCAAGUACAUCGACAUGGAACAGAAUUCGAUCUCCAAUCCUGUUUAUUGUGCAAAUGUCGACGAGGUGGACUGUGCCAAGCUCGUAAUCUGCAAGGAGGAACAGGACCGGCUGGAGAGUCUCUGGACUGCGCCACAGUACGAAACGGUGAACGGUACCAGUGCCGAACAGCUGGCCACACGCUAUCAAACACCGAGCAGUGCCAGUACGGUCGCACUGUUGUCGGAGGACAAAAAACAGUUGCUACUACAGAGUUACGACACGCCACGGCCUCUCAUCGAAACGGCUACGAUCGAGCAGAAACUGCGGUAUGAGAACGAUGUCCGCUUGAGGCCAAACAUGUUGAGCAACGGGAACGCGGGUGUCUCAGCGACGGCGCACGGUGGCCGCGAUCGCUCUACUUCCGGCAGCUCUUCCGGUGGGUCGCCGGGCCAAUCUUCGCACUGCAGUAGCUUCGGACGGAAUCGCUUCGAAGAAACGUCCUUCAUAAUGGCUGCAGCGACCACCGCCGCGGAUGGGACCACCACGCAGGGGACGGCCAGCAGUAGUGAGUACGAUUCACCGAGCCGUCAGCCUCGGCGUGUCGUUUCCUAUCUCGACAUGAACAAACACGGACAGCUAAGCGCGAAUCUCGAGAUCAACCACAUGGUCGACAAGAAACAGUCCAAAGAUAUUGCCUUACGAUUUUCGAACGUCGACAACGAGCUGCAAAUGGUGCUGGUCGAUCCCGUACGAUCGGGCACUACGACGGCGGCGGCGGCCAUCUUUGCGAACGACGAGCAGCAAGGUAGAGUUGCGGGAGAAACCUCCAGCACCACCACCACCACGUUUCCCGUGGCCAUUGCCGUCCAUCCUAAGCCGGAGCAGCAACGGAACGGUGCAGGUGGUGUAGAGUAUGCGGAAAUAGUGAAAAUUCACACCGGAAGCAAGGACCGUAAAGAAAAUGUCGGCCGCACGCUAACCUCAAUGGUUUGA